ACGGUGAACGGGCGGUGUCGAUAACACGUUUUAUUUACGUCCCGUCGCGUUGUUCUCGGUGGGACAGUUGCGGACAUCACGAUUUUCGUUGCGCGAUCUAACGACAUGUGAGCCGGCACGUUCUCGGCAUUAAUAUUCCUUUCAUUAAUUGGUUUCGUCUGCGAAGCGUAACCCGUGAAACCCGAACUCUACGCGCGACUCCUCGUGACUACUUACAUUACAGACUACGCGUAAGUGCUCAGGUUCGUUCGAGGUGCAACACUCUCUCCCGUUGUGCAGUUGAUGGCGUUGGAUAUCGUUGGUCAUUGUUGUUAAGAUUUUCCAAUGAAUCAUGACAUUACCAUAAUGUAAUAUGGUCGGUCAAUACAGGAAAGUGUUAUGGACACAAUGUUGUUGAAUAUGCAAUUGAACAACGACUAUCCGAACUAAAAGAGUUGGAAAUUCAUUCAAGUUGGUUUAUUAUUGAAAAAUAUUCAGUCAUGCUUCGCAAAGCGAUGAAAUUCAAUUUGUUCAACAUUUCUGACAUCAAAACCGUUUAUCAAACAUGUUGCUAUUGUUCAAAUCAUAAUAGAAAAAAUGAUGUAAUUUUAUUUUUUCAAAAACAUUUUGAUUUACCUGUUCCUGAAAUUAAUCGAAUUAUGAAUAAGUAUCCAUCAUUUCACAAUGAUACUUAUUCUUCAUUGUACUACAAUUUUUCCAACUUGAUGAAGUUUGGAUUUUUAAAAGAAGACAUUUUAAAAAAAAUUCAAAUAUUAACAUUUCAUCCAAUAACCAUUACAAAUUAUAUCAUGCUUUUAGAAGAAGGAGGAUUUAUUAAAAGUAAAGUUGAUACAAAUGUUUUAAUAAGGUUUAAAUUUAUAUCGAAAAAGUCUAUUGCUACAUUAAAAGACCUAAACUUCAUUAAUAAUGAUACAAAUGUCCAACAUCAUAUAUUAUCAUUUACAACAUUUCCAAGAGAGUUGUAUCCAAAAUCCUGUGAUGAUUCACUUUCAUGGAAUCAAGUUCAGACAAACCUAUUUAAAUUAUUUGUUGGAUGGAAAAUUAAAAUGAAUUUACAAAAAAUUCAAUAUGCACAAAGUAUUUAUCAUAGACUUCAUAAUAAAAGCUUCAGACGUACAGAAGAAACUAUAGAUAUUUUGCUCAAUGAAUUUAAUUUUAGUGAAGACAAGAUUAGAAGGCAUUCUUAUUUAAUACAUAGUGAUCCUGAUAACACAAAAGCAAUUCUAGAAAAUUAUAAUCAACUCUGUGGUAUUGAUAUAAAAACAGUUUUAAGUAAACAUCCUAAAAUAAUACUUACACCCUGGAAAUCAAUUGGAGAAAUCAAGAAACAUUUUAAGGACUUUAAUAUUCCAGAGUCAGCACUGAAAAAAGCUCCUGAGAUUUAUACAUUAGGAAGUAAUACUGUAUAUGAAAGAUUAUGUAAAUUAAAAGAAACUCCUGAGCUUGCAUCAUUUAUUGAUAAUCCACAAGUUGCUCGCCUUAUUUAUUAUGAUAAAAAAGUUACUAAUCGUUUGAAGUAUUUAAUAAAUAAAAACUGCAUAUCAUUAAAUUUAUUGGUUACUAAUGAUUCUUCAUUUAAGAGAUUUAAUUCCAAUGGCAAUGAUAAAGGGAAAACCAAUGAUAUAAUGGUAUAUUUAACUAAAGAAUUAGGAGAAGAUAAAAUAAAAUUGAGGUCAUUAAUGGAACGCCAUCCUUAUUGGCAGUAUAUAUCUUUGUUAAACAUAAGAAAAACUUAUGAAUAUCUUAAAACAAAACAAUUUACUAAAGAGCAAUUGUGUCAAUGUGUACAUAUUUUGUUAUAUCCAGUACCUAAAAUUGAAGAAGCAUUGGUGGCCAUUCAAGAGAUGAACAAUGUGGAUUACUUGAGAGAUUUAAAUGGAUCAAUAAAACCUGAAUUUGUAUUAUCAUUAGUAUUGUAUCAUUUGGAAAAGAAUUAUCAUUUCUCAGGUAAUGGUGUUUGGAAUACUGAUCAGCAAAAUAAUACAACUCUAAAACUAAAUGCUUCAAAAAAUAUUUUUGAGGAGACAGAAGAAUUGGAUCAUGAACCAUUAGUAAAAUUAAUUUAAUUUUUUUAAAGUUGAUUAAAAUGUGUUUUGUCUAUAAGUAAUUUUAUUACAGAUUUAUACUACUAGUAAAUAUACUUUUUACAUUUUCGUAACUAUUGAAUGUUGUGAUAAUGUUAAAAUAAGUGUUAGUGAUGUUUCAUGUUGUGAUAUGUUAGUAUACAUUAUCAUGUAUACCAAAUUUAGUACGAGGAUUUUUUCACAAUUAGUUU